AUGCGACCGCUUCGCUGGGUUGUCGUCCUAGGUCUUCUGCUCCAGCUUUCAAGAGCGGAAUCUCAAGGCGCUAACAGCGAAGUUACCGAUGAUGUGGACGACUUCGUUGGUGACGAAGGCUCUGGCGCCGAGGUGGAGGAUAUCCUUGGGAAGGAAGCCGUAGUCGAGACCGAUGCUGUACAGGAAGAAGCAACCCAGCGACCGAGUGAGGAUUUCGACGAGGGUGAAGCAGCCGAGACACCUGAGUGGCUUGACGCAGAGCUGCAAUGGCGGCGUGACAUGGAGGAGUUAGAGAAGCGAGAGCGUGAAGAGGCGAUGCGCGACGUCGACCAAGUUACGGACGAUAACGAACAUCAAAACUACCUCGACGAGCAGUACAGACAGAGGCACCCCGUGGACGAAGACGAGGACGAUACUUACGACGAGUACCUCGAAAACCAACGGAGACUGGAAGAUCAGGGCAGUGACCAGUCAGCCGACGGCAACGAGGAGGAGGAGGAAGCCGUCCCAAUCGUUCCUGGCCUCACCGAUGUUGAGCUGUUCGCGUUCAACGCGGAGUUUGCGAACGAAGAGGUACUGGACAAGAUCAUCGACUGGUCUUACGACCAGGUCGCUGGCAUGUCGCGGUUUCGUGACAACUACAUCCAUGUCGAAGACCUUUACAUAUUCUUGCUCAAGACCCUGAACCCGCUGGACGAACCCAUUGACGAGGAGGACGAAAAAAUCCUGGAAGACGCCGUCGCGGAGCUGCGGAGGCAGCAGGGCUUGGUGGACGAGGAACAGGUCGUGUACCGGGGCUUCAUCGCGCGCGGGAUGCCGCUUCGCUUCCUGCAGUCGCUGGCCCACGACAUACACCAAACCGUGCAGAAGAGGCGCCUGCAGACCCGCGAGGAGCUCUGA